UGGCGGGUCAGAUGGAGGAAGCGGAGGAGGGGCGAUAGGUUUCCCUUCCGCAGUCAGACACCUAAAGCGGAUCCGGCAGCGUGGGGGUGUGAGUGUGUGUGACAGAGUUUGCUUCACCCAGCUAAGCAGAUCCCGCGCUGCGCGAUGGGCCGGCUGGAAGGGAAAGUCAUCGUGAUGUCGGCGGCCGCCCAGGGCAUCGGAAGAGCUGCGGCCAUCGCCUUUGCUAGGGAGGGCGCGCUGGUCACCGCCACCGAUAUUAACGAGGAAAAGCUGAAGGAACUGGCCAGCUACCCAGGCAUCAAGACCAGGGUUGUUGAUGUAACCAAGAGGGAUCAGAUUGAAGCUCUUGCUAAGGAGUUUGACCACGUUGACGUGUUGUUCAAUGUUGCUGGGUUUGUCCAUCAUGGGUCCAUCCUGGACUGCGCAGAGGCGGACUGGGAUUUCACCAUGAACCUCAACGUUCGCAGCAUGUACCUGAUGAUAAAAGUCUUCCUGCCCAAGAUGCUGGCUCGGAAAUCUGGGAAUAUCAUCAACAUGGCGUCUGUUGCGUCCAGCAUAAAGGGUGUGGUGAACAGGUGUGCGUAUAGCACCUCCAAGGCCGCUAUCAUCGGCCUCACCAAAUCAGUGGCAGCCGACUUCAUCGAACAAGGAAUCCGCUGUAAUUGCAUCUGUCCCGGGACUGUAGAUACCCCGUCACUGAGAGAGAGGAUCCAGGCCCGGCCGGACCCUGAGCAGGCCAUGAGAGACUUCCUGGCCCGGCAGAAGAUGGGCAGGAUGUGUACAGCUGAGGAGGUGGCGCACCUCUGUGUGUACCUGGCCGCCGACGAGUCUGCUUUCAUCACUGGGACGGAGCAGAUCAUCGAUGGAGGAUGGAGCAUGUGAUGGAUUCGUUGUGGACAUGCCCUGAUCUGGGGGUGAACUAGUCUGACAUGCUAACAGUGCAUUAGCACCUCUGGUGCACUAACAUAAAAUGUUAAACUCAACAUUUGAUUUUGGAAUAAAACAAUCACAGUCAAAAAAGCAGAUUAUUUCCAUGGACCAAUAUUUGUUGAGCUGGAUGUUCUCAUAUGAUCACCAAACGGACUGUAAUGAAAUUCGAAUGAAUUUUCCAGAAGAUUAAGUGUUUUCUGUUGGAACAUGUUCUCCCUUAAUUUACCGGAAAUGUAAACUGCUUAAUAAAAGGUAUCUAAGCCCU